AUAACAGUGAUGCAAGGAACACGUAACCACACACACCUUCAGUUGCACUCCGCCGCGGCUUCUGUUCAUUAGUUUGUUGUUGACGACACACCUGGCGCCGGAUUCCUGCACAGAGAGGACGAAGCCCUGUAGUUUACAGAUUGAGUUGAGAAGGAAUACAAAGGAACACAAACACUGACAGAGUCGCACACAAGGUGGUCAGCUGGAAAACGCGCGAGACAAGACUGUACUCGUUGGCUUUCGUCUGCCUGGCGCCGUUGUUGUGUGGCGGGUUUGCUUGCACGCCCUGCUACCCUUCACUGCUGCCCUCACGUGUGCCCAUGACAGUGACCAGAGGAGAGCUGCAAUGAAUCUGUCAAGACAAUAGGUUAAUAUAGCAGCAACAGAAUUACAGGACAGUUUGUGUUUAGCUCAGAUUUAUAAAUAAACCCAGUCAUUCUUUAAGACUGGGGAUGGCUGUGGCAUCUUGAAACACUGUGAAGUCAUCCAUGAACUAAAUGUAAAAUAAUUUUCAGUAAGUUUCAAAUGGGAUGACAAAUGUAGUGAGGCAGCAAGGAAGCUGUGACGAGUAUUCUUGCAAAAGCACAGUCUGCAAUGCACCAUAGUGUGGGUACUGCUAGGAUGAGUGCCAGCCACACUUCAGAAAAAACAAGCCACAGUCCAGGAGGAAAUAAGAGCCAUACCUCAGGAAGAGCUGAAGAUCAUCAUACUCUGGGAAACUGUGACAGUCACAUCCAUGUCAGCAUGAUCUCAGAGGAGUUGAUCUCAAGGGAUGGCAGUUCAGGUGAAGCCACCACAUCCUCAGGAGAAUUACUCUCAUCAGUGAUAAAUGGUAAGAGAUCCAUGUCUACCUCAGAGAAGAGAGAAGCAUCAAUACUUACUGCAGAGAAGCAUCAUGAAACUCCAACCACUAUCACCACCACUGCCACUGCCUGUGCCACCACCACAACAACAACAAUGGGAACACUUACCACUAGUGACACCAGCACAAGGACACAGGAAGCCACAGUUUCCCCAGUGACCACCACACCACCACCAGAUUGCACUGACAGGCACGGAGGGAUGUGGCCCAUGGAAAGUGUUAGUGAGGGACAGACACAAGGAGAGAGAGAGGAAGGUCCCUCACCAUCUUGCUCACUACUUUUCCCUGAUGCUGUGGAUUUGGAUGUUCCACAAUGUUCCCCUGAUGUGGUGGUUCUCAGUGUUCAAGAGCCACAGUUUCUUCCUGAGAAAAUUGUGCUUCUGAUUGACAGACAAGAUGCUUACUUGAGGUCCUUUUCCUUCUCAAAUGUGCAUCAGAUUUAUGAUCCAAAAUUGAAUUUUGGGAAUGCUUUUGACUUAAUCACAAAGACUCUGCCUGCUUUUCAAAAAAACACCCUCUUUGUGAUGUUAUGUGGAACAAUGUCUGCCUUGAGACAAGUUAUCAAUGAAAAGUGUUUCCUUUUUCAAUGCAAAGAACCUUUAUAUAACUACACAUUGCAAGAGUUCAAAGCUCCAAGCCUAGAUGAGUUUCUCAUCAGUGAAGCAAAAAACUUAAGGAAGAACAUCAUAGAGAUGAAUAAUUGUGACGUGAUCUUCACUGGAGUGUUGCCAGUCAGGAUCAACUGUGCUGAAAGAUAUGAGGCAGCCAAGCACUACACACAAACUGGCCACCAGGUGAAGCUUGCAUGCAGCAGACAUGAUGCCCUCUAUGCCCAGCUGUGCUCUGGCCUGAGGGAGUUCAACAGGUGGGCCAAGACAGAUGCAGCCUCCAAGGGAUUCCCUCAGUGGAGCUUGGUGGACAUGCUCACCACCAGUGAUGCAGUAGACAGCAGCCAGCACUUCACACACCCCACCCAGGCUGAUGGGGUGACCCUGACGGGAGAGUGCAUGAUGCAGCGACGUGUGGCCAUCAGGACCAGGCUCAGAGAGACCUUCCUCAGAUCCAGAAAGGCAUCACAGUCACUGAAGCUGCCACAAGCCACUGCUGACGAGGAGGAGGUGAAGGUGGUGGCAGUGGUUCCCAGGCAAUGCAACUACAAACCUGAGGCUUUCAUGCAACCUAGAGAGACGGAGCUCGAUGAGGUAGUCUUGCUUGCAGACCAGAUGUACCGAACCAACCUGACACCAUUGGCAAGGAAGAGGAUGUGUCUGAUUACUGAGGUGAAACUUUCUCCAGAGAGAAUUGCCAAGGUAGUUCAGAGGUACUACUCUAAAGUUCCCAAGGACAAGAAGAUCACCUGGAUUCUCUGUCUUGGCAUCUACAACUUUGUUGAGAGAGAACACAACCGUGUCUGCUUAACCAGACAGUGUAAAAAGAAGCUCAUAGGCAUCAUAGAUGAGGACAGUAAAGGAAGUUUGUAUCAGAAGAUCCAUAGUGCAUUGUCUACCAUAAAGAACUUCAAGAGUGCCCUGGAGAAAGCCUUGCCAAAGAAGGCAACAUUAGUGGUGGCACCUCCCUUGCCGAGUGCAUUACUAGGGACAGACACAUUUAAAGGGAAUCACACUCAGUCACAUAUCAUUGCCAUGAGAUACCGUCUGUGUCUCUGUUCACCCCUCACUUAUUGUUUUAUAAGGAGAUUUUAUAUGCAGAUGUUUGAUCUGUGGGUGAACACUGUCAUGAAACUAGAAGGAGGCACAUGUGCAGAGCUGAUGAGCAGGUACAUUACUGAAUACAAAGACAAAAGUUUGAGGCUGGUUGAUGCAAGUCACUCCAACAAUUAUGUCAAGAGAUGUGGCAAGGAAUGGAAUAACAUGAUGAGGAAUGUGAUAUCAUCAACUUUGACUUCCACUAGUUUUAUUACUGGUCUCAGUGGACUUCAGAGGUCUGUAUAUCUUUCCAGGUUGUCAAAUGUAAUUCUCCUUGAAUCAUCAAAAAAUAGAGGUCAAACUUUGACCUAUAGUCUGCAGGACAAACCUGACAAGACUGAUUACAGUUUCAAGCAGGUGGUAGUUGUUGGAAACCAAAUGCCAGCUGAACUUGAUGAGCUAUGCCACAGGUUGUCAAUACAUGUGGUGCCACAUAGAGUGACAUUUGAUGAGGCAGGGAAGACUCUCAUUACUAAGUAUGAGAAUCUUUGGCCUCACAACACCCUUUGGGUCAUACUCACUGAUGUGCUUCAUCUGAUUGCUGCAAAACCUCUCCCAGCAUGUGAAGCAGUAAAGUGCAAAGACCCCAUUCCAGUCUUUGGCAUAGAGAUGCCAUCCAAUAAAAAUGCUACCAACUUGCAAUCUUACAUCAAGGUGAAGGUUGAUGUUUUCAUCUCUAAAGUAAAAAUCUUUUUUGAUUCUUUGAUUGAUAAACUUGGGGAGGAGUCAGCUGUGUUUUUGCCUCCUGUGACUCCUGUUUUCCUGAUGCGACCAGAUUUACAAGAAAGUCACCAAACCCUGCAUGCCAUGUAUGACAGUUUUGGGAAAAUAGCCAUGGUAAAUGGGAAACCCAAAAAGUGGAGAAGUUCUUAUUCACUUUUGAAGAAGGCUUGGUUGGAGAUGCUGGAACCUUACCUAGAACACUAUUCUGUGCCAAAGAGAAUCCUGCAGCUCUACUCAACAUCUAACUCCAAUCAAGACUGGAUCAAGACUCUAGGAGAACUUCUGGUUCACUUUGCCACUACCACCAACAUUGGUGAGAGUGAUGCAGUGUUCAGCGAUGCAGAGUUCUCAUCUGGGGAGGAAGACAUGAUGGAGGUUACAGAAGCCAUGGUGGCAACAACAACAGCAGCAGCAACAGCAGCAGCAGCAGCAGCAGCAGCAGCAGCAGCAUCAUCAUCAUCAUCAUCAUCAUCGUCAUCAGUAACCUUGGCAUCAGUCCCAACGUGCUCCUUUCAGGCCAUGAGCACACCACCAGCACAGACACAGGCAGCAGCUGGGCAGGGAAUGCAGCAUGAACCAGAAAGAAUCCCAAGGCAGCAGCAGCAGAACAAGGGAGCUGUGAUGUGGAGUGGAGCACAGAAGCAGUGGCAUGUUGUGAAAGAGAAGGAACAGCUGCCCCACAAGACAAAGAGAGAUCACACCACACCCAUGAUAGAAGAGAGGCAGGAGAAAAAGACUGGUGAGGAUGAGGAUUUACAAGGAAAUAAGAAAGGUCAGAAGACUCCAAGGAAAAAGAAAGUUCUUCCCACAAUGGAGAAAAGACAGUGGCAUGAUGAGACUGACAAGAGUCUACAGCCACCCAGAAAAAAGAUAUGUCAAGAGACUGCCAAACCAGAGAAAGGUCAGCAGCCUCCCAGAAUAGAGAAGGAUCAGGAGGUUUGUAGGAUAAAAAAAGGGAAAGCCAGUGCAAAGCAAGGCAAAGUUCAGGAGAUUGCCAAGCAAGGGAGAAAUAUGAAGGCUUCUAGGGGAAGAAAACAUGUGAGAGCUUCCAGGCAAAAGGAAGGUCAGCAGAGUUCCAAGCAAGGUCAGGAGACUUCCAAGCAAAGAAUAUGUCAAGAGACUUCUGAGCCAAGAAAAAAUAAGAAAGAGGAAGGUCAGGAGAUUCUCAUACAAGGAAAAUGUCAUGUUAUCACUAAGACAGAAAAAGAUAAAGAAACUCCCAUGGAUGGAAAAGAUCGAGAGACUUCCACAGGGGGAAAUUAUCAAGUUAAUAUAAAGAAAGUUCACAAGUCUCCCAUACCAAUUAAAGAUCAGGUUACUAUCAAGACAGAAAAAUGUCCAGAAAUCCGGGGGUUAGAGGAAAGUGAACAACUUCAGAUGACAAAGAAAGACCAGGUCAUUGUCAAGAUGGAGGAAGACCAAAGCAUUGUGAAGAUGGAGCAAUUUCAAGACGUUAUCAAGUCAGAGGAGUUUGAAGACAUGGGAAGGUCUGAGGAAGUUCUGUGGUCUGUCAGGAAAGUUGAAGGAGGUGGUGGAGACAGGCAGUUGAGCAACCUUGAAAAAGAUGCAUGGAUCAUCUUGUCUCAAACUGAUGAGGACAAGAACAUUGGGUUUCCAGAGAGAGAUCACCUGAGCAACUAUCUUGAGGACACUGCUGCUGCCUCAGGAACACUGGCUCAGAGCCAGACCCACAUCCGAAAGACAGAGGGUUCCCUAACAGAACCUGGCAACAGCAGCACUGCCUUAACAUGGGUCCCUAAAUCAGAGGAACUUGAAAGUAGCCACUGUGAGGAUGAUGCUUCUGAUACUCUGGCAAGGGAUGGACUGUGGGAAGAUAUAGAUGCAAGUGUCUUAGAACGGAACAUGCAAGAAAGUUGUUGUAAACAGGAUGUGGAUGAAAGUGGUCCCAAAGAAGACUUAGAAGAAAGUGGGUCCAAACAGAACAUUGAACAAAGGAUCCCCAGAAAAGACUUGGAUGGAAGUGAACUCACAGAAAAAAGACUUAAAGAAGACUUAAAUGAAAGUGGCCCCAAACAGAACACUGAACAACAUGGUCCUAAUUAUGAUGUAAGGGAAAGCAAUACCAAACAGGACACAGAGAACAGUGACCUCAAACCAUCAGUUGAACAAAGUAUCCCUAAGCAAGACAUUGAACAAACCUCCCCAAAACAGAGCACUGAAGAAAGUUACCCAAAAGAACAUGAUGAAAAACAAAGGCAUAAAACUAACAUGGAUGAAAAUGUUCCAAGCCAGGGAGACCACUUAUCUGAUUUUGAAGUGGCAAGUAAUCCUGACUCCAUAGAGACAGUGCCCUUGGAUGUAGAUAGUGGGGAGCAGGAGUACAUCUUCAAUCUCUCUGACGACUCUGACAUCUUUGAGUGCGAGCCUGAGGGUGGUGCUGGAGGGGAAGACCAGAUCACAAAGGAGGUUGUUGUGGGCACUCCUCUCAGGGGAUCCAAGACUGAGGGGGAUGUUGAGGUGACAUGUUUACCCAACAGGAAAAGGAAGUUGUCAUCCUCUGGCCAAGAUUCACCAGCUCCUUCAUGUUCCUCAUACAACAGCAGCUUUGAUUCAGACCAGGAGAUGAAGAAGCUCUUCUUGAUGCUGGAGGAAGGCAUCAACCAGACUUACCAGGUCAACCUCCAGACCUUCAUGCAGGUUCCAGAGGUCCACCCUGACUAUGAGGCUAAGCACGCUGAAUUCCUCAAGUCCUACAAGAAACAACAUGAAGGAAAGGAACAUGAUGAAGAGCACCAUGAGAGAUCCUGGGGAGAGUUUUGGGAGGACACUGUGGGGAAACAACUCCAUGAAGAUUGGGAGAAAAGCAAGAAAGAACUAGUUGAGCAAUUCAGAGUCAUAGAAAGCAACAGCAAGAACAGCAGCAGUAGUAACAGUACUAGGGAGGAUCAACCCAAGCAGAUGAAGAGAGAUGAAAGUGAUAAAGAGAAUCAAAAGUUUCAGAGUUACAGCUCCAACCCCCAGCCAUUGUUGAGUGUUUGUCACAAAAAGAGUGAGUCAUCACCACUCUCUGUAAACAGGUCUCCAAAGACAAACCCCAAACAUUCCAGUGACUUUGAGUCUUGUGAGACUGACAUGAUGCAGUUCAAGCAACUCCUGUCUGAGAUCAAUCCUGGAACAAUGAGCUCUGAACUAAAGUGGCAGGCUCUUCAGCUUGACAUGGAUAAAGUGAUGACAAGUGACACCAAGAAGAGGGUUCACCUGAUCCUGAGCAGCUUUGCCUUGCUGUCUGAGCUUGGCAGGUCCCUGGACAGCCUUGCCCCAGCAGUGGUACCAAUCAUCAAGGCUGUGCUGGACAAGGAGGUUGACUCAGAAGAGGCCCUUAACAUCUUGGCCAAGAAAGACAAUGUGGAGGUAUUGAAAAAGUGCACUGAGAAGUUGAUGCUUUUGAGUGAAAAAGCCAGAGGGGCAUACAAGAACAAACUACUCAGAUGUGUUAAGAACACCAUUGAACUCCUGGAGAAUGUGACCACAAGCCUGAAGACCAUCAAGGUGGUGUGGGGCCUGGACAUCCCCAGUAUUGCCAAGGCCACCGCCCACCAGGACAUGACCCAUGUCCUGCAGUUCAUCAGGAACACCCUAGCCAGCAAGGGUGUGCAUAACCCAUCCAGGAGCAUGCUGAAUGAACUGUUUCUGUCAGUGUCCUCACAACACUUCAAUUUGGCCAUCCAGACCCAGCCACCAACCUCACCAGAUCCUAGUAAAUAACAUGAGCCCCAUCCACCCAGUCUCACACACACACACACACACACACACACACACACACACACACACACACACACACACACACACAAAGUAUAUGAAGAAAUUAAAAGUAAUGAAAUCUGUAACAGAUACAGUGUCAUGAGUGAGAGUAGAAUUUAUUUAUUGUUGGUGUCAUCUGCUUUGUUAUUAUGGUUUGAAGAUUGUUUUGUUGGUCUACAGUUUUGUCAUGUAUCACAAGGCAGGAGUGAUGGAGUGUUUUGAGAUUCUAUGCAUUUGGUCUUGUGAUCAUUCCAAGAAAGAGGAAGAGGAUGUGUCAGACUGUUACCAUUAAGAUGGGAUGUACUGUAUUAAUAUACUGGCUGUUUUUAACUGAGUUUUCACAUAUGCUCAAAUAUACUAUAAGCUAUAUUUUCUUAAUUUGCUUUUCAAAUUUUAGAAGAAAUUGACAGGAUUCAUAUUUUUGUAUGUUCAAUAUUCAUUCCAGUGGGAGAUUUCCAAGCAUAUAAGCCUUAGGAAGUGUGUGUUUGGCUCUAUCUUGGACUGGCCAGAUCUGUGCCAAGCAAAAAUCAUAAGACCUGAAUUAUACACAAGUGCAAACUAAUGUAGUUAAGUUUUUUUUUUUUUUGUACAAUAUAGUUUUGGAAAUGUGAUACAAAUUCUGCAUAGCAAUACAGGGGUUUCAUUACUUCUUGACUGUACCAAAGGUUUCUUAGGAUCCAGUAUUUGUUAGCUGUACAAACUCUCAGAUAAUGUUUCAAAUUUCAUAAUUUCAGUUUGAAGGAACUUUUCAUGUAGGUGGCUUGAUGUAACUUAUUGUAACAGUGAAGUGCUGGAGUACACUAAGGAGGUGCAGGGUGCCAAAGAAGAGACAUUACAACAAAUGGUAAUGCCCUAAAAAUUACUUGUACAUAUCAGGAAGUUUAAGUUGAUUCUCUUUAUUUGUUAGAUUUAAGUUUUAUAUCAUAGGGAAUAAAUUAUGAUGCAGCAAUGUAAUGGAAAGCAUGAUGUGGACUGUGCACUGUGGGAUGUGAAGGAUGGCUCCCCCUCAGGUAGCAUGGGGGGGAACUGCCACUACACCUUUCCAUCAUCAUUUGUAUAUUUUUCACUGUACUUCAUCUUUCAUAUAUUUUUUUCUACAAUGCUUCACAAAAAAGCAAAAUAGUCUCUUAGUUUAUCGCAGAAUGAAGUGAGAGGGGGAAAAGGAGUUGGGGGCCAGGUGGUGAAGUGGCAUACCUGAAGUGUUGGCAUUUAAAAAAAAUUAAAUAAAAUUUUGUUUACACAUCAAAAUUUAGUUCUAUAUCAUAUUAAUAAGGUCUAUAUAUGUACACACACAUAAAAACUGUAAAAGUAGUCAAGCUGGACCCAUUCAUUUCCUAUACAGUACAAGUUAACACAGGCUUUGUGCAACUGGACCAACCUAUAUCAGCAUGACCUAAACAAGUGCCUGUUCUUCAUUAAUAGAAAGUGUCUAAAUCUUUCAAGAUCUAACACCCCUUAUGACUUCUGGCACCCAGCCAAAAAACAUCUCCAAUAACUCUGCUUCUUCAUCUUUCCCUCCUUUAUUUUAACCAGAUGGCACCACUGCCAUUUUGUCUAUUUCUAAAGCUGAAUCCUUUGCUCAUAUCUUUGCUUUACCUUGGAUGAUUCAAGGCUUGUUCCUCCCUCUUCUCCACCCUCUGACUACUUGAUGCUAUCCAUUAAGAUCCUUCACAGUGAUGUUUUCCAUACCCUUGCUGGUGUAAAUCCUUGGAAGGCUUAUGGACCUGAUGGGGUGCCUCCUAUUGCUCUCCAAAACUGUGCCUCCAUGCUUGCACCUUGCCUAGUCAAACUCUCUCAACUCUGUCUAUCAACAUUUACCUUUCCUUCUCGCUGGAAGUUUGCCUACAUUCAGCCUGUUCCUAAAAAGAGUGGCUAUUCUAAUCCCUCAAACUAUCAUCUUAUUGGUUUAAUUUCCUGCCUAUCUAAAGUUUUUGAAUCUAUCCUCAACAGGAAGAUUCUUAAACAUCUAUCACUUCACAACAUUCUAUAUGAUCACCAGCAUGGGUUCUGUCAAGGCUGCUCUACUGGAGAUAUUCUGGCUUUCCUUACUGAGUCUUGGUUAUCCCCUUUUAGAGAUUUUGUUGAAACUUUUGCUGCUUCCUUAGACAUAUAAAAGGCUUUUGAUAGAGUCUGGCACAAAGUUAUGAUUUCCAAACUACCCUCCUAUGGCUUUUAUCUCUCUCUCUGUAACUUCAUCGUAAGUUUCCUUUCUGACUGUUCCAUUGCUGAUAUGGUAGAUGGUCACCAUUCUUCUCCUAAAUCUAUUAACAGUGGUGAAACCUGUCACCUACUCUCUUCCUAUUAUUUAUCAAUGAUCUAAACCAAACUUCUUGUCCUGUCCACUCCUAUGCUGAUGAUACCACCCUGCACUUUUCCACACCUUUUCAUUGACAUCCAACCCUUCAGGAAGUAAACGGUUCAUGCAGGAAAGCCACAGAAUGCCUGACUUCUGGUCUUUCUGUAAUUUCUGAUUGGGACAGAGCAAACUUAAUAUUGUUCAGUGCCUUAAAACUUAAUUCUUCCAUCCAUCAGCUUGACACAACCUUCAAGGCAACUAUCCCCUCUUCUUCAAUAACACUCAACUGUCCCCCUCUUCUGCACUGAACAUCUUCAGUCUGCCCUUUAUUUAUAAUCUAAACUUCACAUCUCAUCUCUAGCAAAAACAACUAUGAAGUUAUGCAUUUUGAAUUUCCACCAGUUUUUCUCACCCCUCCAAAUUGCCAUCUCUGUACAGGGGCCUGCUUCUGUAUUUCCUCCUUCCUAUUGACUUUUCCUAUUGACUAUUGACCUCUUUCAAGAGGGAGGUUCAAAACACUUAUGAUUUAAUUUUUGAUGACCGCUUUUGACUCUGUUUGGGGACUGGCACCUCAGUGGGCCUUUUUUUUUUUUUCCCAUUUCAUUAUAUUUCUAUUGUUCUUGGCCAGUGCUCCUCCUACAUGAAAAAAAAAAAAAUUUAAACCUUUUGUUUCACUCCAGCUUACUUUUUAAUUGUUUAUUUAAACUGAUUUACAUAUAAGUAUGAAGAAUAAACAAAAAAAUAAAUAAACUCCAAAAACAAUAAAAUACCCCCAAAAAAAAAACAAUAAAACCCCCCCAAAACUUUUUUUUUCAAGCUUGGGUUUUUUCCAACCCUGAGUGCCUGGCCCUGCCAAUGGAUUGAUAAGCAGAAUAAAGUGCUCCAAACUAAUUGUAAGGACCAGUUUGUAUACAAGAAUUUUCCAUGAAGUGAUGAUUUAUA